AUGGUGAUUACAGGAUUUCUAACGCUUCAAAGUGACACAGCCCGGGGCAAUUAUGGACUGUUUGAUCAACUGGAAGCAUUAAAGUUUGUCAACAGAAAUAUUAAAAACUUUGGAGGGGAUCCAUCUCGUGUUACCAUCGGUGGUGAAAGUGCCGGUGCUGUCAGCUCUGCUGUUCACUUGAUAUCGCCAAUGUCAUACCCUAAAGGUUUAUUCUCCCAGAUCAUACUCCAAAGCGGAAGUGACGUUGUUCCCUGGGGUAUAACCGAGGCGGCCAUCGUAGUACCACGGAACUACGCCCUCCAGCUGGCGGACUUAUUAGAUUGUCCAGAUGUGACAUCUGAUGAUGCAAUACUCGAGUGCCUCCGAGACCCGGAUGAUGACUACAUUAUGUCACUUGCUGGGCUGAUUGGUGUGGAAUCAAAGCCUGGCAUGUUAACUCUCAGCUGGGCACCAAGCGACGAUGGACCAGGAGGUAUCAUACCUGAACAUCCUCGAAUCGUGCGUAAACGUGGUGAGGUACCAACAAUUCCUGCAUUAAUUGGAAUAACUUCUCACGAGGCUGCUUGGUUCGCAGACUUUAUUGAAGGUGUAUCGGAAGGAGUCAACCGAACGGUUUUCAAAGAUCUCGUAACCCAAAUGAUCGAAGGUUUCCUGAAUAUCGACGAAAAUGAUAAACCUGCACUUAUUGAUGCAGUCGUUUUUAAGUAUACGGAUUGGACUGACGAAGAAAAUCCGUUACUCUAUAGAGACGCCAUAACACAGGCCUUCACCGAUGUUUCCUUCGGCAAUGGAAUGGACCAGUGGGCACGUUACAACACACUAAAGAGCGACACGUAUCAAUAUGUGUUUGCGUACAGGAGUGAGAUGAACAUUCUUCCCGACUGGUACGGUGUUCCACAUGCACUAGACGUUCCGUAUACGUUUGGUUAUCCACAUGUUGUUACCAACCAGGCAUUCGCCAAGGAAACUGGUAUAGCUGCUAUAUUUAACUGGACCGAUGCCGACCGUGCGGCAAGUGACGAAAUGACAAAAUUGUGGGCGAACUUUGUCAAAACUGGCAAUCCAACACCAGACACAAACACAUGGAAACCCUUCAAGAUGAAUGACUACAAGUAUCUAAAUAUUGCAAAGCCCGCAAAUAAGUUAGAAAAAGAUUUUAGAAUCCGGGAAUACGCUUUCUGGAGGGAAUAUGUCCCCAAACUAGUUAAAGUUGAAAAUGACAUUCCUUCUCAGACGACACCGAAGAAGAUGCCACGUACCACAUCAAAUCCUCUAAGAACAGGAUCAUCAAUCACCGAAUCACCAAAAAUGUCUUCAUCCUCACCAAUGCGAUCUACACAAACAUUACAAACUUUAAAACCAACAACAGACGGCACAGCAACCGGAAAUGAAGACAAACAAACAAACGAGAAACUAAAAAUGACAGAUAGAUGGCGUAUUGCAACAAUAGUUGUUUCUUGCGUGGCUGGAUUGCUUCUGCUGGUAACACUCGGCUUGAUAUUUAUGAAAUGUUCCACCAAAAAUAAAAGUGAAGAAAAUAAAAGUUUAGACUUUGAAUUGAGCAGAAAUGACUCUGCUAACUAUUAUGACAACGUAGCUUCGAAGUACUAAUUAAACCACUUGGAUCAAAGAUGCCAAGCCCUACCUUUGCGGACUGAACGAACAAUUAUUAGUGUGAUGCCACUGCCACUGCCACUGAUCAAUAAAGCAAUCAAUGUAACAAUGUUCAACAUUCAAUAUUGAUUUAUUAUAUUCUCAAAUAAAAUACACAAAAUUGCAGAGCAUCAUGUAAGAUAUCUUUGUGUGCUGAGAUGGCGAUUGUUCAUAGCUCAUUUCAUGAUAACGAUAGCUGUAUAUUUAUCACAACAAUGGUGACGUUUUUAUGACGACUCUGGCAACAUUGAUAUGUUUACAAGUUCUGUCUUAUUCACAUUUUCCUGAAAAUAUAUGUGAUAGUAUACAUUGAAUACAUAUAAAUGAUUCAUUUAGCACCAGUUCAUAAAUAUGCAUGUGUUGUGCUAUUACAGUGGACUGUGUAAGAUAGGUCGGCGUUUUGUACAAAUGGCAGCAGGUUGGGAAAUUGAACAUGUUUAAGCCUUAUUUAGAAUAUAUCUCUCCCGUACUCUGACAUAUUGUUCGAUCAGUUAAAGGUUUUCCUUUCACAUUUUAGAAUGCACACUUAAUUACCAUAAAGGGACGAGAACGGGGCUUGAAGGAAACUUGCAUCUUUCUUGAACAGCUCGGAUCCAUCGUCUUGAUGAAGCUUUAAUGCCCAGGACUGAUGUCUGAUGAACCUAUCAGGGUAAUUCACAGACUGAAACGUCAUGUAGUUCUUAAAGUACUUAUUUGGAAUCAAUCUCCAUGUUGCGUCUUUUAUGAAAUAUUGCGGGAGAGAGGGGUUGUUCUUGUCAUCUACUUGGAGACGAUAAUUACUAUGUCUGAGGUACCAUCCAACAUAUGGGGCCUCCGUAUAUGUCAGUGACACCGUUCCA